AUGAAGGCUGUGUCCCCUUCCUGCAGCUGCGUGGUGGACGAGAUGGAUUUCUCAGGCAUGGAGCUGGACGAAGCCCUGCGGAAGUUCCAGGCUCACAUCCGCGUGCAGGGGGAAGCGCAGAAGGUGGAGCGGCUCAUUGAGGCUUUCAGCCAGAGGUACUGCAUGUGUAACCCAGAUGUGGUCCAGCAGUUCCACAACCCGGACACCAUCUUCAUCUUGGCCUUUGCAAUCAUCCUCCUCAAUACGGACAUGUACAGCCCCAACAUCAAGCCUGACAGGAAGAUGAUGCUGGAGGAUUUCAUUCGCAAUCUGAGAGGGGUAGAUGACGGUGCUGACAUCCCACGGGAGCUGGUGGUGGGGAUCUACGAGAGGAUCCAGCAGAAAGAGCUGAAAUCCAAUGAGGACCAUGUGACUUACGUCACCAAAGUGGAGAAGUCCAUAGUUGGGAUGAAAACGGUUCUGUCUGUGCCCCAUCGCCGGCUGGUCUGCUGCAGCCGCUUGUAUGAAGUGACUGAUGUGAACAAAGUACAGAAGCAGGCAGCUCACCAGAGGGAAGUGUUUCUCUUCAAUGACCUGCUGGUGAUCCUCAAGCUUUGCCCCAAGAAGAAAAGCUCCUCAACCUACACAUUUUGCAAGUCAGUCGGCCUGCUAGGGAUGCAGUUCCAUCUCUUUGAGAAUGAAUAUUACCCCCAUGGCAUCACACUGGUGACUCCAGUUUCAGGCUCAGAGAAGAAACAGGUACUACACUUCUGUGCUCUGGGUGCUGAGGAAAUGCAGAAGUUUGUGGAAGAUCUGAAAGAGUCAAUAGCAGAAGUGACGGAGCUGGAGCAGAUACGAAUUGAAUGGGAAUUGGAGAAACAGCAAGGGGCAAAGUCUCUCUCCUUAAGGACCAAUGGAGCCCAGAUGGAACUGCAGUCUAAGCAAGGCUCUCCAACAGGCAAGAAGGAUUUGGGGGAGAAGGUCUCGGACAGCACAGUGGAGGUGUCAAUUCACAACAGGCUUCAAACGUACCAGCACAACUCCACCCUGGGGCCCGAGAGUGGAAUGCAGCCCAGCACGCGUCUUAACAUGCCACGGGAACGGCUGGAGACAGCACUGGUGCCCUCGCACCCCGCCUCGGCGGGGACACUUGUACAGUGCCAGCAGAUUGUCAAAGUCAUUGUUUUGGACAAGCCGUGCCUGGCUCGGAUGGAGCCGGCCCUCAACCAGACUCUGACACGCUACGUCACCUCCGAUUCCUGCACCUCCACCCCUUGGCGUGGUGUGGGCAGUGGGCUCCCCGGGACGCCCAUGAAGCUGGUCCAUCAGCCUCCUCUCCCACCUCCACCACCUCCUUACAACCACCCCCACCAGUAUUGUCCCCCCAGCUCCCUGCUUCAGAGGCGCAGGUACUCCAGUGGUUCACGCAGCCUCGUGUAGCCACACCACCAGCACCAAAACAGCACAGACUUCCCUGCUUCCCUUCCCCACCACCUCCCGGAGACCCUUUCUGCCUACAGAGAUCUAG